UCCUGGCUGUCUCUUACACUUAAAUAGUGACUGGGAUAAACCGCCGUAUCGCGUCCCUGUUGCCCGCUGUUAGUGGCUGUCAGGCUAAAUCAUGGAGAAUUUCAAUACUUUCCAUGCUGUCAUUAUCUUUGGGGCCUUACUUCUAUCAGAGAUGCAGAAUGUCAAGACUACUGCAAGUGACAUCAACAACGUUGAUCAACCAAGAUGUAAUGUCAGUGAUGACAACAAAGUCGUAAUCUGCAGCCACCUCCAACUGACGUCUCUGCCCAACGUUACAAAUCCAGAUGAAGUCAAUACUCUUCUCCUCGACCACAACAAUUUAUCAUGGAUAAGAAAAUUUGAAUUUGCGAGAUUUCGAACUUUGACUCAUCUUGACCUUUCCUACAAUGACAUAAACUCCAUCGAGGAUGAUGGUUUUCAAAACAUGAGCAGCUUGGGAUUCCUUAGCUUAGCACACAGUAUUAUGGAACCAUCGGUGUUGACAAGCCAGGUGUUUAGAGGUUUAGCCAAUCUCAAAACUCUUAAGCUGAAUAACAACAACAUGGCUGAAUACCCUAACGAAGCCUUGAGCCAGCUUACUUCCUUAGAAGCUCUUUUCAUCAACGGCGUUCCAGAUGGGGAAUUCGGAGAGGGGUUUAGAAAUCUAACAAAACUAACUCAUCUAACGAUCUCCGGAAACAACGGGUUUUGUAACCAAACAACAUUGUCGAACUCUACAUUUGUUAACACCGUGUUCUUGGAAAACUUAGACGUAUCAAAAUGUUAUGUUUCUCACAUUGAAAAAGAUUCUUUCUCGCCACUGACAAAACUUAGAAGUCUUAAUAUCUCUGAUAAUGUUAGACUCGGGUUUCAAUCCUUCGGCAACGGAGCCUAUGGACUUCAGUUCACGAACAUCACAACUCUGAUAGCCAACAAAAUCGUGGUAAAGCAUACAAGCUGUGUUGUCAUUCGUAAAGCAUAUGUUGUUCACCUCAGCAACACCUCACUAGAAAAUUUGUACCUUGAUGAUAACGAAAUCGAGAAUAUUGAGAACGGUGUCCUGCAACUCUUGCCCUCGACUCUACGAUUGGUAUCUGCCCAGAGGAAUAAAUUUAGCUACGGACACUAUCUGCGUGACUUGGAUUCUUUGACGGGACUAGAGAAAGUUUGGUUAAGUGGAAAAUCAUACCCAAUUGUAGUUCCGAACGUUGACACUCUUGAUGACUACAUGGAUGACCAGUUUGAGGCGCCAUAUUGUUUCCAUGAUGAGACAGACGAACGGGAUGUUCUGGCAAGUGAACUUCAGUCUCGCAGUGUCUGGUACGAGCCAGAGACAGUCAGGGAUCCUCCUCAGUCUCCUUUCAACUUAUCACUUCCGCCGAAUCUGCAGAGGAUAGUGUCGAACUUCACCCAGAUGGCUUUCCCAAUCGGGAAGAUCCACUUCCAAACAUCAAACCUGUCUUAUCUUGAUCUGUCCAGCAAUCUUGUUCUCUUCGACGAAGGAACUAUAAGAGGACUAGAUAACGUGACAUACAUUGAUCUAUCAAAUAAUCUAGCCAGGAAAAUGUCAACCAGCUUACUCGAAAACUGCUUAAAACUUCGUACCUUGAACAUUUCCUUUAAUUUCUUUGGUUGGCAGAUACAGAAAGAUACGAAAGGUGAAAUAUUCAAAAACCUGACUCAACUGACAAAGUUGGUUAUAUCCAAUAAUGACAUGAAAUAUAUGCGUGGCGAGGUAUUGCGAGAUCUGCAUUCCUUAAAGAUUUUAAACGUGUCAGACAACGGAAUGUACUCCUUCAAGCCCAACAUCCGCAACUCGAUUCACCUUGAGGUUAUUGACUGCUCGUAUAACCAAAUCAAGUGGAUGCCAAACCACAUUAUGGAUGACAUAAACGAAAUUAAAUCUAAAGUUCCAAACUUAACAUUACACCUUCGAGGUAAUCCACUCUCAUGUUCAUGCAAUCAGCUCCCGUUUCUCAAGUGGCUUCUUACAUCGGGGAUAACACCUGAUGACAUGGCUGACUACUAUUGUCUGAUGCCGAACACCCACCGAAGAGUCAUCCUAAACAAGGCGGACUUUAAGAAAUUGAUCGAUGAGCAAACUACGGCUUGUCAGAAUAAUUUCGGGCUUGCGCUAGGAUGUGCAUCCAUUGUGGUUGCAUCAAUUACUCUAAUGAUUUCUGCAAUCCUAUAUCGCUACAGAUGGAAACUGAGGUACCUAUAUUACGCUGCAAGGUUGCGCUACAUAAGGGACACUGACGUUGAGGAAGAGCAAGAUGAGUUCCUAUUCGACGCGUUUGUCUCCUACGCUGAUGAAGACCGUGGGUUUGUCAUAAAUGAUAUGAGAGCGCAUUUGGAACACGAUACCGGUAUGACACUCAACAUCCACCAUCGAGACUUCAUGCCAGGAGAACCCAUUGCUUCCAACAUUGUCGGCGCCAUCAAGAAGAGCAGGAAGACCCUGGUGGUACUGUCCCAGAAUUUCCUCAACAGUUAUUGGUGCACAUACGAGCUGCGCAUGGCCCAGAUGGAGAGCAUCAGCAGCGGGAGGGACCUCAUCCUCAUCAUCAUGUAUGAGUCGGUACCCGCUAAGAACAUCCCCCCAGAAUUCCUUCACAUGUUGCAGUCUGAUUCCUAUAUUGAGUACCCCCGUGAUGAAGGCGACAGUGACAUCUUCUGGAAACAAGUAGCUCGAGCCCUAAGACAUCGAUCACAUCGUCAGAAUUCGACGAGUUCAUCGUUACAAGCCGUCCCAUAGUGACAGUGUAACGUAAUAUACUCACGUACAAAAGAAACUUGAUACCUGACAAAGUACUGACUGUGUGCAGAAUUUCGGUCCCAUGUCACUAAAACCUAUUGUAAUAUGAACAUAAAUCUAUUGAGAAGCACAUCACAAAAUUUAAUCAAGAUCUUUUUAACAUUAAAUGAUGUAUUGACGUGCCAUUUGCUGAAGGGGUGAAAUUUGAAAUUUACAUAGCCAAAA